AUGUGGAGUCUUGGUCUGUUACUUUUAUUGUUCGGCAGCUGCACGGCUGAUAUUUUCUCUGCAAUAGCAGACAUGCAAAUGAUGUUAGGUGUGGAGAAGGAGGUCACCGCUGUCAUUGACAACUACAUAGCAGCUGAGCAAAAACGUCUGGACAAUCUCAAGAGGUUUGCAGACGAAUAUAUUGUGCGGAAUAAGAACGCAGCUGACAUUGGACCGGAUUUUGUCACCAAUCCGAUCAAUGCUUAUCUCCUUAUCAAACGGUUAACCUCUGAAUGGAAAAAGGUUGAAGACAUUAUGCGUAACAAUGUUGCUGAAGCAUUCAUCAAAAAUAUCACAGAAAAUCGAUCACGAAGCCAGGUGAAAUUCCCUGAGGAGGAGGAUUUGUCCGGUGCUGCGACCGCGAUUCUUCGCCUUCAGGACGUGUACAAAUUGGAUACCAAUGACCUCUCUAACGGUAUUAUUUUGGGUGAGAAAGUCUCUCAGAAACUCACUGCACAUGAUGCUUUUGAGGUCGGACGUGCCGCCUACAAUCAAAAAGAUUACUAUCAUACCCUCACAUGGAUGCAGACCGCUUUGAACAAGCUCGAAAACGAAGAAGAAAAAACGAUAUCAGAAGCGGAGAUCCUCGAAUACCUUGCCUACUCGCUUUACCAACAAGGAAAUCUCCGUCGAGCGCUAGCACUCACGAAACGACUGGCAGCAAUUGCACCUAAUCAUCCUAGGGCUCAAGGAAAUGUGAAAUGGUACGAGGAUAUGUUGGAGGGAAAAGAUAUGGAAGGUGAUCUUCCACCUAUUGUGAACAAGCGCGUUGAAUUCGAUGGCACCAUUGAACGCGAUGCUUACGAAGCUUUGUGUCGUGGAGAAACCCCACCUCUCGACCCUUCCGAGGAGAAACUACUUUACUGUUACCUUAAAUUGAGUACUAGCGUUUCAUACAGCCCAUCCUUAAAUUUUAUCCAUAUCCCCCAUUCGCCGUUUCAGAUGGACAAACCGUUUCUGCGUUUGGCUCCAAUCAAGGUGGAGAUUCUACGUCUUGACCCUUUGGCCGUGCUCUUCAAGGAGGUCCUGUCCGACGAAGAGAUGGAAGUAAUCAAGAAGAUGGCGACACCAAAGCUGAAGCGUGCUACUGUACAGAAUGCUGUGACAGGUGAACUAGAAACGGCCAGCUAUCGUAUUAGUAAAAGUGCUUGGCUGAAAGAGGAGGAGCAUCCUGUGAUCGGUCGAGUAAACAGGAGAAUUGAGGAUAUGACGAACCUCAAUCAGAAAACUUCAGAAGAUCUUCAGAUAGCCAAUUAUGGCAUUGGAGGUCAUUAUGCUCCACAUUUUGAUAUGUCGACGAGAGGCGAAAAGGAACCUUACCGACAGAACGGCAACCGCAUCGCUACUGUACUAUUUUAUAUGACACAACCGGAACGUGGAGGUGCUACCGUAUUCAAUCAUCUCGGUACUGCUGUAUUCCCGACAAAGCAUGACGCAUUGUUCUGGUAUAAUCUGAUGCGAAGUGGAGAGGGAGAUCUCAGAACUCGUCAUGCUGCCUGUCCAGUGUUGCUGGGAGUGAAAUGGGUGUCCAACAAAUGGAUUCAUGAACGAGGACAAGAGUUCACCCGACCGUGUGGAUUAGACGAAGAUGUACAAGAGUAUUUUGUUGGAGAUCUCACUCCACGUACCCAUGGAGUUAGACAUAAGUAUAACGUAUCUAAUUUGUAG